AUAGAUACAUACGUGUAGAGAGAGAAGAAAAUUCCCUAGUGUUAAAGAAGGCCAUCCAUUAAAGGUGUCUUAAUCCUGUGGUUUUCAUUUUCAAUCAUCACUUCGUGCCGUACAGACCCCUCCCCCGAGUUGGUUUUUUUUUUUUUUCCUUUUCUCUUUCUCUCUCUACAUCGCUGCCAUUUUUCCUCGAUAAAAUCUCUAUCUUUUUGUUAGGGCUAAGAGUUAAUUAUGAGCAACGAAGGAGAGAAGAGGUGUCCUCUAUGCGCGGAAGAAAUGGAUUGGACAGACCAGCAGUUCAUGCCUUGCAAAUGCGGUUAUCAGGUCUGUGUUUGGUGUUGGCAUCAUAUAAUAGACAUGGCUGAGAAAGAUGACACUGAGGGACGAUGUCCUGCAUGUCGUACAAUCUAUGAAAAGGAGAAAAUUGUGGCAAUGCAAGCAAAUAAUGAAAAGACAAUGACGAAGAUUUCUAAUAGGAAAAGCAAACCACCGAAAGCCGCCAAGCCAAAGGCUACUGAAGUAAAGAAGGAUUUGACAAAUAUUAGAGUGAUUCAGCGUAAAAUGGCAUAUGUUAUUGGAUUACCUCUCACUCUAGCUGAUGAAGAGGUAUUGCUGCGGAAGGAGUAUUUUGGUCAGUACGGGAAAGUGACGAAGGUCUCUCUCUCUCGGACAGCUGGUGGGGCCAUCCAACAGUUUAUCAAUGACACAUGCAGCGUAUACAUAACAUAUUCAAAAGAGGAGGAGGCCUUACGAUGUAUUCAGUCAGUUCAUGGUUUUGUCCUGGAAGGUAGAUUCUUGAGAGCAUCAUUUGGAACUGCAAAAUAUUGCCAUGCUUGGCUGAAAAACAUGCCUUGCAACAAUCCUGCUUGUUUAUAUUUGCAUAGUAUUGGGGCCGAUGAAGAUAGUUUUGGAAAAGAUGAAGUUGCUGCAGUACAUACGAGGAGUAGAGUUCAACAAAUAGUUGGUGCUACAAACAAUGUGGCAAAACACGCUGGCAAUGUACUGCCUCCUCCGGAUGAUGAUUUCUGCAGUAGUACCAGUUCUUUUGCUGACAAAUCCAACGGAACUAGCUCUGAUCCAGCUCAUGGCUACGCAAGUACCAGUGCUGAUAUAGCUUACCAACUUCCCUCUAAAGAGAGGGAAGAAGCUAUUGCAGUACCUCGCAAACCGACAACUUUUGUAGAUAUUGUUGGACGGUCUAAUUGUGAUGCUCCUGAAAAAGAUGAAGAUAUUCCAGAAGAUGGGAGGAUUCUGAACUUAUGUUCUGAAUUAUCUUCUGUAUCAGUUAAUGGAGAUAUACAUUCAGGCGAGCCAUAUUCUUUUCCUACCCUGUUUAAAGUCUCCAGUUCUAAUCACAUCGGGAAUGGGUUAUCUAGAAACAUGUCAGAUGUACCAUUCAGAGAAGAUUCAUUGUUAUCCAAUGACCAAGGAUCUAAAGAGACAUGUGGCUCAAGUCAUAGGUUUUUUUCCAAUCCAUCCUAUCCUACAAAUAUUUCAGACGAGUCUAAUGGUCCGACAUUAUUACACAAAAAUCCCCACAGUUUGAAUGGUUUUACUCUUGAUCACAGCCUUUUACAUAAUUAUGAGGACAAAGGUUCUUUACCUAUCAGAUAUGGGAAUUCCAUAUUAAAUGAUUCAUGCCAACAAGAGAUGAAGUUUCAGAAUGCUGCUAAAUCUGAUAGAAUUUAUAGAAGUUCGAGGUCAUUUUCCAACGAAGAAAUAGUAGAGCACUUACGGAGAAUAGAUGAUGGUAACUUGACGAAUGAAGAGGACAGUUCUGUUUUAGAUGCUGUAGAGAGCAGUAUAAUUUCGAAUAUUAUGUCAAUAGAUUUUGAUUCAUGUGAAGAUUCUUUGACAACGCAUAAUGGUCUAUCUGAAUUACUUGAUGAAACUGAUGGGUUGGGCGGUUCUUCCUGGAGUUCCUUAAAUAGCGACCAAUCUGGACAUUCGUUCGUUAAACAAGAUGGCUUAGCAAGUCAAGUGGCUGGGUCUGUCCUUCCAGGUUAUGGUGAUAACAAGGAGCGUUACUUAUCUCAGCCUCAGUAUACAGUGAAUAGGGCUCAAACUCUGGCUCCUCCUGGAUUCUCGGUGCCCUCUAGAGAUCCACCUCCUGGAUUUUCUGCUUCAGAGAGAACAGGCUUUUUACCCCGUCCCUCAUCAGGUAACCGUUUGGCUAAUGUUGAUUUCUUCGACCCUGCAAUAUUAACUUCUGAUAAAGGCAAACGAACAAACGGGUUCAUCAACCCAAACUUCGAAAUGAGGCCAAACGGUAGUAGUACUCCAAGACUGAGCACUGCGUUCGAGGACGAAUCAAAGCUCUGGCUUCUGAUGCAACAAUCACCAUCCACACAUCAAAGCUCCAAUUUUCCUCAAAUGUUUGCAACCCAAACUCCAUCCACACAGCAAGAACUGAGCUAUAUGGGCCAAACGGCAAACGUCUUCUCUGGGCUAGAUAACUACUACGGCUUAUCUUCAAGAAUAACAGACGAACACCAAAAUCGAGAUCCAUCUUUCUUCACACAAAUGUCGCAGCAGAAGUACACAAACGGCCACAUUUCCAAUAGCAACGGGUACCGUCUUGGCUUGGACGAGGUCCAACAACAUAAGGGGGAAGUGGGAAUUUCAGAACUUCAGAGAAACGAGAUAUUAGGAGUCAAUUACUUCCCUGGGUAUGGUGGUGAUGUAAUGUUUAGCUCAGGCGAUUACAAUAGAGUAUUCGGGUUGUAGUUGUACUGUACUGUACUCGUUUCGAAUGAAAACAAACUCCUCUCUACCCCUCCUACCAAACUCAUGGUAUGUGUAAGUUUGAGUUAGAAGAUGAAGUUUUAUUGUUGAUCAAAAUCAAUGCUUUUAUAUAGGCAUGGAGCAGGGCUUUGGUUCGUUAUUGCGUACAAUUUUGAUCUUCUUAA